CCUAAUCUCAAAACCCCAUUUUGCACUGCAGCUGCAGGGAAGGGAGGGACAGUCAAAAGAAUGAUGGUGCAGUGGUGGCGCUCCGCCGGCGGCCACCUCCGAAGAGUGGGAGAGAGCCGUUGGUCCUCGUCAGGAUUCCGUUGUAGUCAUUACCACACGAUCCAAGCCAUUCCAAGAGAGUGCAGUGGCAGCAGAGUCUCAGCCAGAGACAGAAUGCAAGGUCGAAUACCGGUCGUCGUUUUCUUCCAGAACCUUCUAGAAAAAAACCCCGAAGCUCGAUCGGCGUCGAAGAAGCACUUGCUCACCGUCGAGAAGAAGCAGAUUAAGGCAAUUUUCAACUCCGUCGAAGCUCCUUUCUUCUGCUCCACACGUUUUCCGCUCCAGAUCCGUGCCGGAUCCGGUUCCUCUCAUUUGCUUGAAUCUGGAACCGUGUUACCUAUCAAGAUUCAUAGGGACGAAGAGAGUGGACAGAUUCUGAAUAUGGUGUUUGUUUGGGCUGAAGACGGAAUGGAUUUGAAGGUUGAUGUGCCUAUUGUUUUCAGAGGGGAAGAUACUUGUCCUGGUCUCCAGAAAGGGGGAAUUUUGAAUAAGAUCAGAACUAGUCUAAAGUAUUGUUGUCCAUCUGAACACAUUCCUUCAAAAAUUGUUGUGGACGUGAGCAAUCUUGAUAUUGAAGAUAGGAUAUUCACGCGUGACAUUGAGGUUCAUCCAUCCUUGAAGCUUCUGAGUAAGAAUGAAAACAUGCCCAUAUGUAAAAUAGUUCCAACAAGCUUGGGAAACAAAGAACCUGUUUGCGAGUGAUCACCAAAGCAAUAUGCUAGAUUUGAUAAAUUGACAUUCAUUGGGAGAAAUGAGGAACCAGAGAUGCAAUUUCCAAAUAAACAGGGUUAACACCCUAAUUUGGUUAUACGUUGUAGCAGUGAUGACUGCAAACACAUUAGAUGUAACAACUGUUUAAUGUGUUAGCCUUUAUUGGCAUUCCAAUACGAGUGACUCUUGAUUUCUAAUGGAUUAAUGAUUUCCUGCAUGUUCGAGUUAGAUAUUACAUUAAUAUUUUCAUAUGGCACCGUUUGUAAGUGGCAUGUCACUUGGAUGAUGUUUUGGAAGGACAAACUUAGAUUGACCCAAUUCCCUAUGUACUGCUUUCUUUAUGAUCGCAAAAGUUACUUUGACAAUAAAGAUAUCAGUCUAAACAUACAUGCCGUGUAGACGCGGUUUACUUUUAU